GCCGGAUUGACAAUUAGCAUUCUCUAAAGAUUCAAGUACCUUAUCCUUCAGAGAUUCCUCGGCCUCGUCUAGGGCAGCUUCGUGUCUGGCGUAGGCAUCCAUGAUGUUCUGGUAGUUGGCGUACUGUGUAGACGUUUCAAACAAACGGCGCUUAUAUAUAAGUUAAGCGAGGAGGUAUUAAGAAACGAAGAAACGUUAAGCGCUGAAAUUAAUGUGUAUUUUUAAUAAAUGGUGAGUUCAGAGUAUGCCAAAUAUAAAAUUUAAUAAGUAUUUAAAGUAUAGUUAACGGAACCUUAGUGUGUAUAUAGCGCGUAUUGAAAAUUCUCAGAUAUGUGGUCGCUUUAUUUUGAGAUUAGAGUUUGAUGGAUCGUCACAUGCGAGUAAAUACUUUAAACACGCUAUCAAUCAAGCUAAACUUCUAGCGAUUGUAAGAUAAGCUGCUUAAUUCCGACGCUCUGGCAAAGAUUAGUUUAUCAAAUUUUUAAUCUGUAGAAUUUAGAUAAGUCAUUUGCGCCGAACGUUUCUACUGUGACUAUCAGUUUCGCUUUAAACAUGAUGGCGGGCGUAUGUCGGGAGGCCGGGCUCCCGUCUUCGUAUGCAGAUUUGCUAAAUAAACGCACUCAUUGUGUUUUUCUCAAAGAAAUCGAUUUAGUUUCGCGUGGCAUCGAGGAGUACAUUAGAAGAAAUGAACAUAUUUGUGACAAGACGGUGGUUGGGCUAGUAUCAGGUCUGCGUCGUGUUUUGAAAUCUCUAAACUCCAAGAGGAAGAAAAUUCAGAAGAAAUUAUGCUGGUUCGCCGUCAACGGUACUGAUACUGAGUGUACAAAAUGCAAAUUGUGUCAACAACAAUUUAAUUCUAGUUUUCAUCUAGGCGAACAUAUAUUAAAGGUUCAUCAAUAUAAAGUGAGUGAAUUAAUGAAAGAUGGUGACGAAGACGUGCAGUUUCGCAAGUGGUACCAGGAGGUUGUUCCAGCCAAGAUGUCUCGAUACAGCUUCGCUUCAUCAUCCGCAGGAAGCGUUUGCAGUGAUGUCAUCCCGGAGCCACACAACAAGGUACAUGUUACAAAGAGUGCUGUAGUAGAAUCUGAAGUUGCCGAGCCUGAGCAUGUGGAACCUGCCACUAUUGCUGCAAGUGUAAAUGAACUCGAAGAUGAUUUUAUCACAGAUCUAUUGUCUGAAUUAGAGCCUUCCAAUAAAUAUGUAAAUUGCACCAGCGAAGUGGAUAAGGAACUUUCAGAUACAUUAUCAAUUCUAGCGGGUGGCAUGGAUGCAUUAAUUGUAGAACAACCAGCACCGCUAUCGACCAUCAACAUAGAUGAUAUAAGGCCAUCGUCAUCCCCUACAACACAGAGCACUUCUAGCCCAAAACGCGAAAAGCGAAAAGAUACAUCUCCAGCCAAAAAACAACCAAGAAUAGACAAGAUGAUUCUUCCAGAAUCGCCACCGCCAUCAUCAAAGGCAACAGACGACGAAUCCAAACAUCAUCAUCCCCCAGCCCGAUCACCAAAUCCAAACAGGAGGGAUACGCCGGAAUCACCGCCAUCCAUUGACAGGGGUCCUCCGAUACAUGAGCAAGACCCCACGCCACCACCCUCAACCACCACUGGAUCACCGCCACCAUCGCCUCAACGUCAACCUUCGCCUCCUCCUCGACGCGAAGCAUCACCAUCACCCUCCGAAUCCUACUCGGUGGUGUCGUCCACAUCGAGGGAAGAAGACCAACGUUCAGCGCCCUCGCCACGAGUGGAGCGGGCGCCGUCCGUAUCUUCCUCGUCAUCGUCAUCGUCAUCCUCGGAUGACGAGCCACCGCCACCCAGCAUCCCCCCACCACCAAAGCGCCCAACAAAACGUACGCGUCCCGCCAGUAGUAGUGUACAAAAGGAAAAGAAGGUUAAAACAGAUACUCAAAAGCCGUCCGUUUCAAAGUCCAAAGCGUCAAAAUCUGCCGCCAAAAAACCGAAAUUAGUUUCAACUAAUAAUGAGCAACCAAGCAAAAAACGUAGUCCUCCUAAAAACCCAGAAUAUAAGCUAACGCGAUCAAAAAUUUAUAAUUUAGGCAUAGAGGCCCAAUUGAUAAAAUUAAAAUUAACUGCCGGGUUUGAGUUGGCAAAGAAAUUAAGUUCAGAAGCCUUUGUUCCACCAGCAGCGGGUGCCCAAAAAAGGUAA